AUGGUUUUCUUUCUUACACACAUCCGUGGGAUAUUUGCUCGCUCUCAUUCGCGAAGUCAGGAAAUUCUACUCUCCAGACAGGCCUUUUUCAGAUUAUUGGGAUAUUUGGCAAGUUGUGUGGUCUUUUCGUUGGCAGCUCAGGGACACGUUUGA